CAGAUAUUGGCACGUUUCACCACUCAACCUAGGACGUUGUGGAUCAUGUCCAGAAAUCAAAAGGUUGGUGGAUCAAGAAGUGUCACAUGUCAGUGUGUCUUUGAGCAAGUCACUGAAUCCUAAACAUCCCUCAGACUCAAUCCAACAAAUUCUAGACUGGAUGGGGAGUCCAGCUACUAUGAACACAGCAACAACCAGCAAGCAAAGAAGACAGAGUUGCCUCACAAGAAGAAGGUCCUUGGUUCAAAGCCCACCAGUGCCCCAGUCUCUCUCUCUAUAUGUGGAGUUGCAUCAAGAAGACCACUUGGUGUAAAACUUGUGCCAAAUCAACACGAGGAUCCAUACUGGAUGUUCCUUAACAAAGUGGGAAAAGCCAAAAAUAAAUGAGUGGAAAACCUGAGGUCAGUAGAUUUCGUCCCAUUAGAGGCCCUGAAGUCCAUCAGGCCGGCGUUUGUCCACGGAGACCGUGACGUGAAGCAGACGAGUCACUGACUCCCUCUGGAUCGGACUCCAGUCCAUUACAUGCUCAUCAGGACCCAGUUACAGCUGUGUGGACAGGGACAGUGCUGAGGACAUGUCCUUCCAAAGGACACAGACAGGUGUCCUGAAGGACACACCUGGAGUCUACAGGUUGGUGGUCCAACUCCGAUGCCACGGAGCCAUGAAACAAUGAAACCUUUCAUUCUUCCACUUGGUUGAUUAUUUGUUUUGAGCUGUGUGAAGGUGAUGGACGCGAUCACUUAGUGUCCACGCGUCCAUGAGAUGAUCACUAAUGGACGGAGUGCUUUGCUCAGCAGAAGUGGCUGAGAAUGUUUGGAGGUGAUUGGAUCAUCUCGCCUCAUUACUUCAGGUUGUUUUGUUGAUGCAAAUGUUUGAAGAGCGCUCAAUCAGAAACAGAACCGCAGCACUGACGCCGCCCGUCUUUGCGCUGACACUCAAGAGGGGGCGUGGCCUGCUGCUGCUCCUGGGGUAUAAAGAAAGAGGAGGCCCUCUGUUCUUCCUCACACCACUUAGAUCUCUGCAGCUCCUGUUCUUCAACACCAGGUUGCUUCAUUCAUCUCCUCUUCCUCCUCCUCAGCCUCUAAAGGUGAGCUCUCCUCCUCCUUCUGUGUGUCUGCAGGUGAGUUCUUCUAACAUUAUGACUCUACAGGUGCACCGUCCAACUCCUCCUCCUGCUGUGUCUCCAGCUUUGGACUUUUCAUCUACUUUCUCCUCAGUAAAAAAAACAGCUUCACAUGGCUGCGCUGUGGCUCCAGUCUCUGUCCCUGCUGGUCUUGCUGGUCGUGUCUUGUCCAGGGUCUCGGGCCAUGGCCCCCCCACAGCACCUGUGCGGGUCCCACUUGGUCGACGCCCUCUACCUGGUCUGUGGGGACCGAGGCCUCUUCGAGAGAGAGGUGGACCCCCUGCUGGGCUUCCUGUCUCCAAAAGGUGAUGGCACAGCAGUGGGCCCUGGUGGAGAGAACGAGGCGGCAGAGUUUGCUUUGAAGGACCAGAUGGCGAUGAUGGUGAAGCGUGACGGCAUUGUGGAGCGGUGCUGUCACAGACCCUGCAACAUCUUUGACCUGCAGAGCUACUGCAACUGAACUGUUCUGUCACUUAGCUCGCUGGAUGAGUUGCCUCGCGAGUGAGGGAAUAAAAUGAAGUGAGAGAAUAAAAUGAAGUGAGGGAAUAAAAAUGUUAUCUUUGAUUUUUUUUAAUGUUCUUGCUUUACUGUCCUUCAGUCAGGGGAUGAAGACCUUCACACCCACAAACACUUCUGAACACACUGAAGAAAUUCUGAACCAAAAAGAACAAUUUUACUCUCAUUAGUCCACAAAAUAUUCCUCCAUUUCUCUUUAGGCCAGUUGAUGUGCUGAUCAAUGGGUGAGCCUUUUGC